AUUCUCAAGCAAUAACACAUCCAAAAAAUGGCCGAGCAUAAAAUCCUGGAGGAAACACAGAGUUAUAUUGAGAAGAUGGAAGCUGUUGAACAGGACAGGAAGGAGAGUGGAGGUUCUACUACCCUUGAUGUACAAUCUGAGGUCAAUAUUGUAGUUGAUCAAUACGAGGAACCUGUGCCUGACUCUGUCUGCUAUACUGUUAAAGCUGGAGAAGUUCUUGAGGAUGAAGCUGAGGCUGCUGGUGUAGAGGAGCUUGCUGCUGAUGUGACAGAUGCUCUUGUUCUCACCGUUGAUGCUGGAGAGGUGAUAGCUGAAGAGAUUAUUCAACCUGUCCUGGAGAAUGAUGUUGUGGAAGAAAUCCAUAAUCUUGUGGCAAGUGAGAUUAAAGCUGACACAGAAGCAUUGGAAGAUGUAAAGGAUGCUACUGCAAUUACUGAAGAUGCUGCAGCUGCCGAAGAUGCUUUAGCUACUGAUGCUGCAGAAAAGGACCAUCUUGCCCGUUUUCACUUCAAGGAUCGCAUAGCAGCGGAGCUACCUACCAAGAAAACAUACAUUUGCCACUUCGAGGGAUGUGAAAAUAUAUUUUCGGUUAAAUUUGAUUUACAAAAAAUGGGGGCUUAUCAAGUCGCUGUGUCGUUUCUCGCAUUUUACGUGAAAAUUCCAAAUAUAUAUAAUGGAACAAUUUCUUUCAAGAUUCUUAAACUCGUAAAUUAAUAAAUUUUGUAAAUAUUAAAAUAAUACAUCUCCCUAUGGGGCUGGGAUGUACUACUAGAUGUUCCACACGUUUUAGUGA